AUGAGCGAUUCCAUACCGCAGGCUCUGCCACGCACCCAUGCCUCUCAAGCCAUGACCCCCGCGGCUUUGUCGACCGCCCACAGCAAUACAAGUCGAUCACCCGUCUAUCAAGACCUUCUCGGUGGACCACCUAUCCCGCCGCCGAGGACUUCGUCGAACCACCAAAGAAGCCAUCGUAGCUCCAACAAAGAGUCUAGCGCAGGGAAGAUAUCAGGGUCGCGUUAUACGAGCAAGGGCGACGAGCGGAGUCGCCGUGACAAGAAAGGUGACGAAUCUCGUUCUCGCCGUCAGGCCGCUCAGCCAUUCGACGAUCCGUCAAGAGGGCCAAGCACCCACAAUAAAAGCUCCGCUCAACACGAGGAUUUUAUGGAGACAAUUCCGAUGAGCGAUCCCGCCGUCGAUAUCGAACGAGAACAAGCCCGUAAAACAACGGCACCGGUAUCGACACCUAACGAGAACGCUUCGGCAUCGGGAUUGGGUUUAAUGGGUGAUGAAAAUAUGGAGGACGGUGGCCGAGUCGGUAUGCCAAGCCGACAAGAGUUUCCCGAGCAUACAAUCAAGCGCAAAGAAACGACGUUUGGCCAGUAUAUUCUCGGGCAGACGGUAGGCGAGGGCGAAUUUGGAAAGGUCAAGUUGGGUUGGAAGCGAGAUGGCUCUAUUGAGGUGGCCAUUAAGCUCAUUCGCCGUGAAUCACUUGGAUCGAACCCGAAUCGGUUGCCCAAGAUCUACCGCGAGAUCUCCAUUCUGCGGGAUCUUUCUCACCCGAAUAUCGUCCGCCUUCACGAAAUGGUAGAAACGGAUCGUCACAUUGGAAUUAUCAUGGAGUAUGCAUCGGGCGGUGAGCUUUUUGAUCAUAUUCUCAGAAACAAGUAUCUGAAGGAUAAUUCUGCUCGACGUCUUUUUGCGCAACUUGUAUCUGGUGUAGGUUACCUGCACAAGAAAGGUAUCGUCCACCGUGACUUGAAGUUGGAAAACUUGCUUCUCGACCGGAACCGCAACAUCAUCAUUACAGACUUCGGCUUUGCAAAUACGUUUGACCCCACUGAUGAACUCAGUGAGGAAAUCGAGUAUAACCUCACCAAUAAAGAGUUCGUGAAAAGGAUGCGCUUGGAUAAAACCAACACCAAGGGUGUGCGUCGAGGAGACUUGAUGCAGACAAGCUGCGGAAGCCCUUGUUACGCUGCCCCGGAGCUCGUUGUGAGCGAUUCGCUUUAUACUGGACGAAGGGUAGACGUGUGGAGUUGUGGUGUUAUUCUUUAUGCUAUGUUAGCGGGGUAUCUUCCGUUCGAUGAUGAUCCAGCAAAUCCCGAUGGAGAUAACAUCAAUCUGCUGUAUAAAUAUAUCGUCACGACUCCCCUUACAUUCCCCGAAUACGUUACACCCCAUGCCCGUGAUCUAUUAAGGCGGAUAUUAGUCCCGGACCCUCGGAAACGAGCAGACCUUUUCGAAGUUGCUCGCCACAGCUGGCUCAGUGAUUACGCCGACAUUGUCUCGCACAUCACCAGCAGCACCACCAAGGUGGCUGACGUCUCCUCCACCACCGUUUCCCGCGAGCAACCCAGAGAAGGUCCAGCACUUGCCCGCAGUGCUUCCGUCAGAGAGCCUCCGAAGACCCACCACGGCUCGAGCCCAUCGGUUGGAGGUCUUGUACAUCACCCAGGGGACAUUUCGCAGGAUCAAAGCGACAGGUCCAAGACUCCUCGAGACACCAAACGUCGAACAGUCCAAGUGGAAUAUGUUGCUCCUCAGUCUCAGACCUCAAGAGGAGAAACCUCCGGGUCCAGUGCAACCGUCCAGAACGCCUCUCCCACCGAACCCGUAUCAUCAAGGGCAAAACCAACCGGCCAGGAUUACUCUACCCAUACUCAAACUGUACCCGAGCAAACGAAACAAACCACCACCCGCCAGGCCCCGGCACUCCCGCCUACACAUUUACCUCGUUCUACGUCCGAAACCCCAGCCCUCUCAGGGACAGCGCCUCAACCUACCCGACCUACCACCGGAGGCUCCAUGGCUUCAUUCAAUGCGGGGCGUUUGCCAUCUCGCGGGUCUUACGGGCAGCCCGUGGCACCUACUGUGGCCGCUACGAACGCCCAGGGUCGACUCGCGCAGCCGAAGAGCAAACAAUAUGUUAUUUCUGCGCCGAUUCAGCAAGACGCCAACCAAGUUGCCAGCGUCGAUCAUCAAAGUGCACAAAAUCUCCCAUCCAAAUUCAACACAACCCCUCGACAGGAACCCCCGAAGGGCCACAAGAGAUCAAGUACUGUCUCCAGUAUUGGCGAAAAGUUAUUUGGAAGGUCUGGCUCUAUUUUUGGCGGACGUGGUGGCCAAACAAAUGUACCAAGGCAGCAGAAGACUGGCAAGCGCUACCCUCCCACGAGCAUGAGGGAUCCGUAUGGUGGCGACGAUUCGAGGAUGUCAAUGGACUCGCGACGCUCAGCUCAGUAUGGCUAUGGCCGCAAGACAAGCGAAGCGGGUGGCGAGGGCAAGCCGCGACGUUUCUCUCUACUUCCACCCUCGUUCUCGCUGAGGGGGAUUUCGUCGUCAAGCAGGUCAGAAACGCCUGAUGAGGAGCCUCAAGAUCGCGCUCCGGACAACCGAGUAAGCCAGCGCCCAUCAACAGGAGCUCUACCAAGUCGUACCCGGGCUACUAGCUAUGGUGCUCACGAUACGAUUGCUGCCGGAGCAACUGAUGGCCCCUCGGAUGAUGUUAUUGUCAAUGAUGACCCAGUCAAUUACCAGAAUCGCAUCGAUCAGCAAUUUGCGGCGCUGCACUCAAACCACAGUGAGACUUACCAGCCGACCCAGUAUGGUGCUACCUCAGCGGAACAGGUUCAUCAGAAUGAUAACGAACACUAUUACCGGAAUCAUUACGGUAAUCAUUCGACACCUAAUUACUACGAUGAAUAUAAUGGUGUGCAUGACAACGGAUCCAAGGCAUCAAUGCAAACUGGGCGUUCCUCAAAUCGGCCAGGUGUCUUGCAGAGAAACCACCGGAAAUUUGCAGACGCAUACGAACAUGAGUCGCAUCACUCUGGUAGCUCUGGAGCAGCCCGAAAAGUGAUGGACUUUUUCCGUCGACGAGCCAAGUCUAGAGCUGGAGACGAGCGUUAA